UGCAGCCGAGGAUGAAAAUCUGUCCACCAUCAAUCACCUGACGGAGGGCUACGGAGCCGCGCAAAAGUGACCGACAUUGAUAGUCGCACAAGUCCAUACGCUCGACAAGCUAGCAAUGGAAGGCCGGAUGAGUUUGGCCAGCUGGGACGCGUUGCAGAUUCCUUGAGAGCUCACAAUUUGAGUGCAUUCUCGAGGGCCUGAUGAGCAGCAGUGGCUUGAUUGAUCAUGUUCGAGCUGUCUGCAACAAGUCUGUCUGCUACUUUCACAGGGCGUCGCCGAGUUCUCGGGGAAGUGUCAUGGUCGAGGCAGGGCUAUGCAAGGGGCUCAAGUUUCGUGUGACAAGCAGAGAUUUACGCCAGACGCAUUGGCCUACGCGCGUGUGGCACAGAUCGACCAAGCACAGGCCAAACAGCAAGCGUGCCAGAGACGAUGUGCCAUUCGCAAACCUGAGCAGAGCAUGGCACGGAGACCUCCGUACGUCGCCGUCUCGCUCUUGGUCCUACAGAAUGCCGCCAUCUCGACCCUCACCCGACUGUCUCGCGUCAAGGCAAAGCAACCCUACACGCCUUCCGUCGCCGUGCUGUCUGCAGAGGUCAUCAAAGCAUGCCUUUCCUUCGCAAUGGUCACGCGCGAGCGCUACCAUCUUGCUCGAGGUCGCGCGGAUAAGCCAAUCACGCUCUUGGGUGCAGCUCAAGCUGUUUCACUCAAUCUCUGGCGAAACGAAAUGCCGGAGCUCUUGAAGAUGGCGGUCCCCAGUCUGCUCUAUGUCGCCCAGAAUCAGCUACUGCGCUGAGCAACCUGCCGACGCCGACUUAUCAGGUCACCUACC